ACAAUCGCACCGGCCGGGGCUUCUCUCUGGUCUGGGAGUUUGGAAGACUCCAGCCGAGUCACGUGAUUCCCUCAAGACUCGGCGUCUUUAAAAGGAAGGCCUACUUGGUGGGCGGGGCGAGGUGGAGUGGAGUUUGCGCGUUGUGGAGAGGUGCGAGUGAGAGAGCGGCCAGCGGAAGGGCGCAGAGGUAGGGGGCGGGAGGCGCGGCUGGAGACGGAAACCGACUGUGGGUUAUCUAAGGAAUAAUUUAGCCUAGAUGUGUUUCUGCACUUCCUGGAAGAAUGACAGAUGACAAAGAUGUACUAAGAGAUGUGUGGUUUGGAAGAAUACCAACCUGUUUUAUGUUGAAUCAAGAUGAGAGUACCGAAAGAGAAGCGGAACCAUACUAUCUGCUUUUACCUAGGAUAAGCUACCUGACACUUGUAACUGACAAAGUGAAAAAACAUUUUCAAAAGGUUAUGAGACGAGAGGACAUCGGAGAAAUAUGGUUUGAAAAUGAAGGUACCCCUUUGAAAUGGCAUUAUCCCAUUGGUUUACUAUUUGAUCUUCAUGCUUCAAAUGCAACCCUUCCCUGGAAUAUCACAGUACAUUUUAAGAACUUUCCAGAAAAAGAUCUUCUGCAUUGCUCCUCUAAGGAAGUAAUUGAAGCUCAUUUCAUGGCUUGUAUAAAAGAAGCAGAUGCCUUAAAGCAUAAGAGUCAAGUAAUCAAUGAAAUGCAAAAAAAGGAUCAUAAACAACUUUGGAUGGGGUUGCAGAAUGACAAAUUUGAACAGUUUUGGGCUAUAAACCGGAAACUCAUGGAGUAUCCCGCAGAAGAUAAUGGAUUUCGCUACAUCCCAUUUAGAAUAUACCAGAUAACACCAGAACGACCUUUUAUACAGAAGCUAUUCCGUCCUAUUGCUGUAGAUGGACAGCUACAUACACUGGGUGAUCUCCUAAGAGAAGUUUGUCCUGCUGCAAUUAAUUCUGAAGAUGGUGAAAAGAAGACUCAAGUGAUGAUUCAUGGAAUAGAACCAAUGUUGGAGACACCAAUACAAUGGCUAAGUGAACAUAUGAGUUAUCCAGAUAACUUUCUACACAUCAGUGUUAUUCCAUUAUCUGCAGAUUGAAGUGACAUCAUGUUUGUCUGAGGAUCAGCCAUUGUUGGGGACAGCAAAAUGUACAACUAAAUUCAAUCAAGCUUGGUGAGAUUGACCUGACCAAAAAUCUUUGCUCCUGCCAACUGAACAGACGAAAGAUCCUUCAUGUGAUAAUAGCAGUUGAGCUGGCCAAGUUUUGCAUUAGCCCUUUUUUCCAAUGUCAUCAUUAACUUUGAAUGUGGAGCAUGAAGGCUACUGCAAAUCUUCUAUUUUUCUAAUGGUAAAUAUGAAGUGGAGAGCAUGAGGAAUAAGUGGAAAUAUGCACCACUUUGUUUCUUAUUAAUCAAUAAAAGAGGUUGUUUUCCAAAGUUGUAAUGACUUACCUUUAAAAUAAAAUCUGAUUUAUUCUAGAAAAUUAGAUAAGUAUCCUGUAAAAAUUAAUGUGUAGUAUCCCUUUAGAAAAAGAUGGCAUGCUAACGUCCUUUCCCUGGGGUUUCAUACACAAAGUUUCUUUCCAAUUUUAUACUUGGCAACUGAAUUUUUAAACAGCCACAUGUUUUGUAUUGCACAAAUUACAUUAGUGAUCCUAAACACAUUACUAGCAUCAUAAUCUUACAGGCAUUAUUAUGCCUUAGUUCAAAAUAAUACUGUAACAUUUCUUGCAUAAUUUACAUAUAGUGUGACAUUGAAUAUGCUCAGAUAAAUGUCUUGAAUGCAUGCUGCAAGAUGGUUGAAUAACUGGGUUCUCUUAUCAGCAGAAUAGCACCACAGGUGGAAGGUUUUUUCUUUUCACCCAGCAGUUUCCUAUAUGAUCUACUAUCUGCUCUGGCAAGUCAAAGAACAAGGUUUAGUGAAAGUAGGAUGAAUAUAAGAAGGGAGGGAGCCCUGUUAUAUGGCCAGGUGUCCACUCAUACGACACUGAAUAGAGUCCCAAACUAUUGGCCAAUGUAAUUUUUUUAAAAAAAAUCAGAAAUAUAUUGGUGUCAGUGAAGGAGGGGGUCAUAUGCAGCAAAAAAGUUUUAACAUUUCUUUGUAAGAAGAAUUUUGGAAGUUUCAAGGGUUGGAUUAUUUUUUGGCUCCCAAAGAAGUAAUGGAUAGAUGAUACUGAACACAUCUCAAAUAUGCUGAAGCCCUAGUAAGAGUCAAAUGGAGGAGUCCUGUUUCCAACAAUACUUUCUGACAGCAUAGUACAACUUUAGCACAUUAGUUCUAAGCAUCUAAAACAAGGUGGAUAGAUCAGUAUUAUCAUAGAUACAUUUAAAAAAGCCUUACAAGAUCAAAGUUGUUUCAUAAUUUUUAAUACCAGAAAAGUCCAUUUUUAAAUUAUGUCUUGUGCUUCUGGCCCUAGUAGAGUUUGGGAUUUAUUUUUUAUAAUCCAUAAUUUAAAAUUAUAUUUGGAAAUAUUAGAGAUUUCUUCACAUUUGUUCCAGAACUUUUCAAAAGAAGAUGAAAGUCUUACUACUAGAGACAUACUUUGAUUAUAAUGAAGACUUGCCAACAGUAGGAAUUGCCUCCUUUAUUCCAGUAGUAAAUAAGAGAAGUAAUGUUUGGGAAUAUGAAUGUAUACUGAUUUUUUACCUAACUGCCUUGUAUCAUCUUCUAAAUAAGAUUUUUUUUCAUGACUACUAGAUAUUAUAAAAUAUAGAAAAUUUUCUUGAAAUAAAGUUUGCCAUUCUCAGA